AUGUUUGACGAUUACGAUGCUCGGCUUCGAAACGACGAACAUUACUUUGGACGAAAUAUACUGAAUGGACGUGGCAACGAGAUUAUCGAAGUGUAUGGUGAAGAAGCCGAUACCGAGCAGCGAUUUCGUGAAGAGUCGAUCACAGAAGAUGGGAUAAGGACCUGGCUUGAUAAGUAUGACGCAGCAGCAUUGAAGCCACUACUUCGCGUCUUCGUUUGUGCGCCUGAGCAGCAUACUUCUGACGCGGAGGUCAUCGCUCUUCCUUUCUCGUGCGCUACGCUUCAAGACAUUCGUAAAAAAUGGAACCUGCCAAGUGAAUUCCUCCGGAUGCUACUCAGCACAAUGCCUAUCAAAGCGAAGUUCAGCAUCGACCAUUCGAGUGCUACGCCAGUGGGCAUUAUGCUUCGUGGGGGUCGUUCCAAGGACUGGAAUUACUGUGUUGCGACCACCAAAUGCCCCACCACUGGUAUCGUCAACUGCUUUGUGCACGGCCUGCAGGCCAACGAGAUUGACGACAUGAAGCGAUGCUUGCGGGGUUCGAUUGAAUAUGCAUACCACGCGAUGCUUCUCCCUACCAUUCUGGUAGAAUGGAAAAUUCAUCAUUUCGCUGUGCUGCUCGAGCGAAGAGCUCAGUACCUGGCAAGUGUCGAGAAGGAGACCGGUCUCAUACAUGGCGCGGCAGAUGAUCCAAAAGCGAAUCUGUCUCCACAACAGCGCAUUGCGCGCCUUGAAGAGAUCGACUUCGGUCAUAUUACACAGAAGCUGACCGGUCUUCUCGGAACCUUAUACUUUUGCGGUUUAACAUUUCAAGGCGGUCUGAACUCUUUAGGGCUGAUUGAAGAAGUUUCGAAGCCUCCCGGGGACCUUCCGGAUUGCUUCGUCCGGCGGAUCACAUACUUGAAAGGCCUCAUUGCAGGCGCAGAGGAUUCCAAAAGAUUACUCGAGGCUAGAGCGCAAGCACAGGUAGAUACCGUCUACAGCUUGAUUUCGCAGCGGCAUGCUGAAAAUGCGCUCAAUGAAAACUAUGUCAUGCGCAUCAUGGCAAUUGUGACACUGAUCUUUCUUCCUGCCACUGCUGUCGCAGUAAGUUGUACGCCGCGCCUUAUUGUUUCUGUGUUCGCUGACAAUGCGACAGACGAUGUUCAGCACGUCUUUCUGGAACUGGAUGCCAGAUGA